UUUUCUCAUUUUCUUCAUUUAAAACAAGAGAAAAUGUCGGCAACAGGCACAAACGCGUACAUCGUGACCAAUCUAUUGGAAAAGAUGAAUAACCAAGACAGAGACUUUCGUUAUAUGGCCCUAAACGACCUAAUGAACGAACUUCAAAAAGAUUCUUUUAUCUUGGAAUCCUCCAUCGAGAGCAAAGUUGUCAAAGGUGUUCUUCAGCUUCUAAAUGAUAAAAAUAGUGAAGUUCAAAAUUUGGCUGUCAAAUGUUUGGGCCCUUUAGUAAAGCAAAUCAGAGAAGAACAAUUGUUUGAACUGAUUGACCGUCUUGACGAAUAUACAACACAAACUGGCAGUGAGGAAUUGCGCGGGAUUGCAAGCGUGAGUUUGAAAACAGUUAUUGCCGAAAUCAACCAACAUCAAGGAGGUAGAGUCUGUGCUCGUAUAAUUCCAAAGCUGCUGCGUAAUAUUCAAAGUGAAAACACUACUUAUGAAAUGGAAAUGGAUACACUCGAUAUUAUAGCAGAGAUGUUGACUCGAUUUGGCACACAGAUAUCCUUAGAAAACCAAGCAGAGGUUCAAAAUGCUCUUUUGUUUUCACUCAACCAUCAGCGUCCUGCUAUUAGGAAGAGAGCUACAGUUGCUAUAGGUUACCUUGUUAUCCAUACAAAUGAUUCUCUGUUUCAACAACUGGUCACUUAUCUUUUGGAAGGUUUACAGUCUAAUACUCAAGCAGGUGACAAGCAGAGAACAUUUGUUCAAUGUACAGGAGUUUUAAGCCGUUACAGCGCAGUGCGUCUUGGAAAGCAAUUGAAUGAAUUUGUUCCCAUCAUCAUCGCAUGUACAAAAAAAUCUGACGACGAUGAUGAAUUACGUGAAAUUUGCCUGCAAGCUCUCGAAUCCUUUGUUUACAGAUGUCCUACUGAAGUAUCUCCCUUUGUCAAUGAGAUAAUUCAGCUUGCUUUAGAAUACAUCAAGUACGAUCCCAAUUUUGCUGGCGGUGACGAUGAUGAGGAUGAAUUUGAGGCUGAAGACGAGAACAUGGAUGCGGAUGAGGAUGACGAAUUCGACGAUAUAGCAGAUUAUUCGGACGAUGACGAUGAUAUGUCUUGGAAGGUUCGCAGAUCUUCUUCAAAGCUUUUAUGUGCUAUCAUUGAGACGAGGUUGGACAUGUUGCAACAGAUGUAUGAACUUGUUGCACCUGUAUUGAUCAGCAGAUUUAAAGAAAGAGAAGAUACUGUUCGAAUUGAUGUGCUUCAAACAUUCAUCGCAUUACUUCGCCAAACAAAUGCUUCCGAAAAGAGCGGAGAAGGACAUGAGACAGCUAACAAGGCAGGCUCUCUUAACCUUGAUGGCAUAAGUCUUUUACCACCCAAGUGUGCAGGUAACGAUGCUACUGAGACGGAUGAGAUAAAGAAAGCACUUAGCUCUCAUGUGCCAAGGUUAUGUCGUGCACUGGCUAAACAAGCUGAAUCCAAGUCUACCGAAACUCGUCAAGUAUGCUUCCAGUUACUUCGAGAACUUGUCGUUGUUCUUCAUGGUGGCCUUGAAACUCAAAUGGAACUUUUCAUUCCCAUCGUUUCAAGCUCUCUUUCUAGCACUUUAACAGAUCAGCACCAAAUGGCUUCAUCCUCCAAUAUUAAGAUCGAGGCUCUAUCUUUCCUGGGUGUAUUUUUCCGUAAACAUGCACCUGAAGCAAUUCAUCUUUAUUGUAGCAAGCUUUUCUCUUUGAUUAUGCAAUCUUUUGCUGACAAGUACUACAAGAUUACGUCAGAAGCCUUUUUGGUUUGUAUGGAAUUCAUUAAAGUUGUUCGACCAAUCUAUUAUAUCUCUGAGAGCAAACAGUACGAUAUUCGCGAUAUUGAUCAAGACCAUGUUCCUUUUAUCAAGCAAAUCUAUGCUACUGUUCUGCAAGUAUUAGGUACUAGUGAUGCUGAUCAAGAGGUUAAGGAAAAGUCAAUCGUGUGCCUUGGUGUGCUUUUGGUACAAGUGGGCGAUAUUCUUCAGUCAGAACAGCAAGAGGCUUUCAAUGUGCUUUUAGAAAGAUUAAGAAACGAAGUAACUCGUUUGAUCAGCAUAAGAACACUUGCUGUUAUUGCACAAAGCCCUAUCGUAGCUGGUGAUGAGUUCCAGAAAUGCGUCGUUACAGCAGUAGAUGAAGUUACACUUCUUUUAAGAAAGAACAACCGUAGCUUACGUAUUGCCAGUUUGGAAUGUCUGUGUGUUUUGAUCAGCAGACAUGGAGAAUAUGUGCAAGAAAAGAGCUUAAGAAACUUAUUGAAUGAAGUUCGACCCUUAGUAUCCGAUACUGAUCUUCACCUUCUUCCUCUCGCUUUAAGGACUGUAGAAGCCAUUCUUGCCAAGCAUCCAGAAUCUAUCAACAGCGUUAAAGCAUAUAUUUUACCCACUUUAUUCCAAUUGAUUCAAUCACCACUGCUUCAAGGCUCAUCACUUAAUAGCUUAUUGAACCUUCUCGCUGCGUUGGCUAAGGCCAGCCCUUCAGAUUAUCAAUACUUUGUCAAGGGCCUUGUCGAUCCUCUUUUGGCUGCGAAGAAGUCUAAUGUACAAGCUGGUAGUGCCUCUGCUGUAACAAACAAGCAAGCUGCCUCAACAGUCGCUCAAUGUGUUGCUGUACUGGCCGCAAAUACAAGCGAAAGUAACCGUAAUGAAACGAUUACGAACUUCCAAUCGUAUAUUCUUGAUCCUUCAGCAAAUGAGUCUGUCAAGUAUCUCAGCUUGUUAACCUUGGGUGAACUUGGGCGCAGAAUAAAUUUGAGUGAAUUUAAUAAUAUCGACCAACAAGUGAUUGAUCUGUUUGGUGCUCAAUCAGAAGAAGUCAAAUUUGCUGCUGCAUUUGCCUUGGGAAACAUCUGCGUUGGUAAUAUUCCCAAGUAUUUGCCAAUGAUUAUUGGCCAAAUCAAGGACCAGCCAAAGAAACGCUACUUGUUGCUUCAUGCAUUAAAGGAGAUUAUUGCACGAUACAGUGAGACUAGUAUCUCCUUGAAAGACGACGCUGAUCAAAUCUGGGCUCUUUUGCUUGAAAAUAGUCAAGCCGAGCAAGAGGAAGGCACACGUACUGUCGUUGCCGAAUGUCUUGGUAAGCUCGCUUUAUCUGAGCCCUCUAAGUUUUUGCCCCAGUUAGAAGAAAACAUGUCUUCGUCCUCUGUUCAACUUAGAGCAGCUGUCACUACUGCUGUCAAGUAUGCUGUUGUUGAUCCUUCCGUAGAAUACAUCCAGUAUUUGAAACCCAUCAUUUCAAUGUUUUUGCAGUUAUUGGAGGAUACAGAUCUUAACGUUCGUCGCUUAACGCUACUUACUAUAAACUCUGCUGCUCUUCGCAAGCCUUACUUGAUCAGGGAUGUGCUUCCUAACCUUAUUCCACUAUUGUUUCAAGAAACUGUUGUGAGAGAGGAGCUUAUUCAUACGGUAGAGAUGGGUCCAUUCAAGCACAAGGUGGAUGAUGGCUUAGAAAUCAGAAAGGCUGCUUAUGAGUGUCUUUAUACGCUGCUAAGCAACAGUCUGGAUAAAAUUGAUACUCACAGUUUCCUUGAGCGUGUUACUGCUGGUUUAACUGAUCAACACGAUGUCAGAAUGUUGGCAUACUUGAUGCUUAUUCGAUUAAGCAAGGUUGCGCCAACUACUGUUAUCCAAAAAUUGGACGACCUUGUUGACCCACUGAAGGUAACUCUUGAUUUCAAGAUGAGAAGCAACGCUGUGAAACAAGAAGUUGAAAAGAACCAAGAGUUGAUACGCGCAGACCUUCGCUGUAUUUAUGCUCUGUCUCCCCUCUGUGACGGAAAUGUUUCUCCUCGGUUCUAUCAGUUUAUUAAUGAAGUAAAGACUGGGCCUCUUGCAACUGAAUUCAGAUCAAUUGCAGAUGAAGCUGAGAGUCGAGAAUACCGAGUAAGCGAUUAUAUGGACCUUUCAUAAAUUGAAUAAAAAAGAUUUGGGAGAAUUGAUCAUGUAUAUUUCAGAUGAAA